GGGAGCAGCGCCGCGGCCGCCGCCGCCUCCGCCUCCGCCGCCGGGGACUAGGGGGUGGGGGGCGGACGAGUCCCGAUGCCGGGGGAGACGGAAGAGCCGAGACCCCCGGAGCAGCAGGACCAGGAAGGGGGAGAGGCGGCGGCGGCCAAGGCGGCUCCGGAGGAGCCCCAACAACAGCCCCCUGAAGCGGCGGCGGCGGCCCCUGGGGGGACCACUAGCAGCCGCGUGCUGAGGGGAGGUCGGGACCGGGGCCGGGCCGCUGCGGCCGCCGCCGCCGCUGUGUCCCGCCGGAGGAAGGCCGAGUAUCCCCGCCGGCGGAGGAGCAGCCCCAGCGCCAGGCCUCCCGACGCCCCAGGGCAGCAGUCCCAGGCCGCGAAGCCCCCGUCUCCAGCUCAGGGCAAGAAGAGUCCGCGACUCCUAUGCAUAGAAAAGGUAUCAUCUGACAAAGAUCCCAAGGAAGAGAAAGAGGAAGAAGGUUCUGCCGUCCCUCAGGAAGUUUCCGUUGCUGCAACUAAGCCUAGCCGGGGCUGGCGUAGCAGUAGCAGGACAUCUGCCUCUCGGCAUCGUGACACAGAGAACACCCGAAGCUCUAGGUCCAAGACUGGCUCAUUGCAACUCAUCUGCAAGUCAGAACCAAAUACAGAUCAGCUUGAUUAUGAUGUUGCAGAAGAGCAUCAGUCUCCAGGUGGCAUUAGCAGUGAUGAGGAGGAAGAGGAGGAAGAAGAGAUGUUGAUCAGUGAAGAAGAAAUACCAUUCAAAGAUGAUCCAAGAGAUGAGACCUACAAACCCCACUUAGAAAGGGAAACCCCAAAGCCACGGAGAAAAUCAGGGAAGGUGAAAGAAGAGAAAGAGAAGAAAGAAAUAAAAGUGGAAGUAGAAGUAGAGGUGAAAGAAGAAGAGAAUGAAAUUAGAGAAGAUGAGGAGCCUCCUAGGAAGAGAGGAAGAAGGCGAAAAGAUGACAAAAGUCCACGAUUACCCAAAAGGAGAAAAAAGCCUCCAAUCCAGUAUGUCCGUUGUGAGAUGGAAGGAUGUGGAACUGUUCUUGCUCACCCUCGCUAUUUGCAGCACCACAUUAAAUAUCAGCAUUUGCUGAAGAAGAAAUACGUAUGUCCCCAUCCCUCCUGUGGGCGACUCUUCAGGCUCCAGAAGCAACUUCUACGACAUGCCAAACAUCAUACAGAUCAACGAGAUUAUAUCUGUGAAUACUGUGCUCGAGCCUUCAAGAGUUCCCACAAUCUGGCAGUGCACCGGAUGAUUCACACUGGCGAGAAACCAUUACAAUGCGAGAUCUGUGGAUUUACUUGUCGGCAAAAGGCAUCCCUUAAUUGGCACAUGAAGAAGCAUGAUGCAGACUCCUUCUACCAGUUUUCUUGCAAUAUCUGUGGCAAAAAAUUUGAGAAGAAGGACAGCGUAGUGGCUCACAAAGCAAAAAGCCACCCUGAGGUGCUGAUUGCCGAAGCUCUGGCUGCCAAUGCAGGCGCCCUCAUCACCAGCACAGAUAUCUUGGGCACUAAUCCAGAGUCCCUGACACAACCUGCAGACGGUCAGGGUCUUCCUCUUCUUCCUGAGCCCUUGGGAAACUCCACCUCUGGAGAGUGCCUCCUGCUAGAAGCUGAAGGGAUGUCAAAGUCAUACUGUAGUGGGACAGAACGGGUGAGCCUGAUGGCUGAUGGGAAGAUCUUUGUGGGAAGCGGCAGCAGUGGGGGCACUGAAGGGCUGGUCAUGAACUCGGAUAUACUCGGUGCUACCACAGAGGUUCUGAUUGAAGAUUCAGACUCUACUGGACCUUAGAGCAAGGGAAGACUUUGGGCACUGGGACAGCUAAGACUUUGUAUUUAAAAGACAAAAAGGACAAAAAAAAAAUUUAAAGCAUUUAAAAUCUAGUAAAAUAACUGAAGGGCCUGCUCUUUCCAUUGUGGAUCACAGCACACGCGCGCACACACACACACACAUAUCCCCUCACGCGCGUGCGCACGCGUGCGUGCGCGCGCACACACACACACACACACACACACACACACACACACAUACACAUCCCCUCUUCUCCCUCUGUUGCCCCCUUUAUAAAAUUGAUGUUGCCUUUACCAGAAAGCUAGACGAAGAAGCAGCAGCAGCUCUUAAAGUAACGGUUAUUCUUAUACUCAGUUCCAGCCAGGCAGACUUCCUGCUCAUCAACAGAUCCCCCUUUUCAGCCUGUAACUCUGAUGUGCUCUGGAUCAGCUUUUAACUCUUAAUAAUAUAUUAAUAUUCUCUAAACCCCUUCUCCUCCUUUACUGCUUCCCUAUGGUUCUGGCUUCUAUCCCCUGCAGCACAUUUAUCUUCAAAGUAUCAUGUAAUUCUAAUCUCUGGAGGCUGGCAGCUUGACUUGGCACUUUAGGGCCCCUUAGCAGGGUGAGCUGUUAAAACAGCACACAUCUCUCACCCACUUUCCCUCCAUUCCCCCUGGGUUUAGGAAAGGAAGGAUACAUGGGGACCACCUCCUGCCUCUUCACCUCACCACCUUCCUCAGUCCCCCCUCCCAACACCUCCAUAAGGUUCUCAGUGGUGCUCACUUGCUUUGCAUGCAGGCUCCCAACGGGGAGGGAGCUACCGUCUACAUGGUCUCUCUGACCAUAAGACAGGGUUCUAUAUCAGUGAGACAGUGAGAAAAGUCCCAGACUAGUGGCAGAAAUUUGCACUUUGAACAUGUGUGUUUUUGUGUUGUGGAACCUGAGAUUCCUUAUUUAUUAACAAAGUCUGAUUUCUUUUUUUUUUUUUUUUUUUUUUUUUUUGUCUUUGUUGCUAUAUUUUGUGGGGCUGGGAGAGAUUAGAUAAUUCUGACAUGCGGUCCAUUGCGUAAGAGGUACAUGUAGAAGGCAAGCUAUAGGGUUGAAGAAGCACAGCCAGCCUCUAAAAUCAUAGCUCUCUAGUGGCCUUUAAAGAAAGCUGGUCCUCAGCACUAACAAAAUCACUACAGUAGCCUAGUGCUUUUCCGGAAACCUCUUUAGGGAAGGAUGUUAGGUGUGUGGUAAUUAGUGGUCUGAGUUUUUAGAGCAUCGAGAUUUAGGAAUUUUGAGGGGGUGAGGAAGGUUGUUCAGGGUCUGAAUUACAGAUAAAAGGUUUUCUCUUGUGAAUUUGUUGAUUUUCUUUUUUGUCCCCAUCAUUUCUUUAUACAGACCUCCCUAUUAUCCCAGCUCUGGCCCCUUGCUUUGCUUUUGCUUUUACUUUUGCUUUGCUUUGCUUUAUCACUAGUUCAUUCCAGCUCCCAAUUAGUGAAGGACACUGCCAUCAUUGAAGGAAUAGUCUGAGUCAUACAGUUGUAAGUAAAAGAAAAUCGCUGUUUUGUUUCCCUUUUAAUAACACUUCAGAAGAAGAAAGGCUUCAACAAAGUUAAUAAUCUGUAUAAUGCUUUGGCUUUCACCUGAAAUUGUAGAAAUUAUCAUUUCCCUCGAGGUAGGGAUUUUCAUGGGGUGGAUUACUUACCACUGUCCAUGGGAGAGAGAGUUUUGUACAACUUCAAAACUUCCAGAAGACUAAAAACAUAUUUUGGCUCAUUGUUAGAGAAUUAGAAGGGCAGUCUAUCCUACGUACCUCAGAAACUGGAAUUAAAGGCUUGCCCUAUUCAUUGUUUGUCAGAAAUGUGUGAUGGCUGUUGGAAAGAAUGAAGUUUUGCUGAGAACAAAAUAAGGAACAGCUUGUUUUUCACAAACACUAAAACUACAAAGUUUAUCAGUUUUCUCUUUUGAUUUUUUUUUUUUCCCCAAAAAGAAGGGUAACAAAGCGUCAUCUCUGAAAGAGGCUUACUUUACACCCACUAGUGUCAGUGGUUGGGAUGCCAGGGAAUAGGGAGUGAAACACCUACAGUGAGCAGUCUUCAAUGUACUGUUGUUUCUUUUCGGUGUUGCAGAUUUGCCAUCCCCUUCAGUGUGAGGGUAGAAAAUGGAAUAAGGUUAGAAGGGAUAUAGAGUAUGCUUUCCUGCCCACAGUAAGGAUUUGGAGUUGACUUUGGUAUGUUGAGUAAAUUUGAAAAUAUUAUAAGAUUGACUGGAUGGGUCUACAACAAAGUUGUUCCACUCCCGUAUUAAGUCCAUCUUGUACUGUUUCACUAGCUAGCAUCCAUACCCCACCUUACUUUUUGUCUUCGUCACAUUUAUCUUAUCCUUUGUCUCCAUAAAUUACAUUUGCAGUUGUUAGUCAUCAGAUGUUUUAGCCACCUACACAAAAGCAAACUGCAUUUAAAAAAAGAAAUUUAUGAGAUAGAGGGAAAAUAUAUUCUUCCCUGUAUCACACUCCUCCCCACCAAAAGCAGCUAGUUAGUUCUCAUAAUUAGAAACUUUCUCCUUUCUCCCUUUUUUACUCAUCUUCAUUUGCCUGUAAUUUGCUUCAAUAAAUUAUUAUAGCAGUUUGCGAUAAAUUUUAAAAUAUCUUUCAUGGACUUAAGAUUUUUUCCUUUUGAGAAAAGGGGUGCUAGCAAAGUAAAGAGUUGGUUAAAGUAAACUAUCUUAUACUGGAUUCUUUUCCCUUUUGCUUUCUGCUCCUCAUACGUUUACUUCAUUGUCCUUCUAAGGAACUCAAUCUUAAAAUUCUACAUUUCCUACUCUUAACCAAAUUCUGCUACCUUUUUAGUAACCCUUCCCACAGCAUAUUCUCCAUCUUGAAUUAGCAAUUCUAAAUUCUGAAAAUGUACUUGAUACAAAUAUUAUUUCUACAAGAUACAGAAAUACAUCUUGUCGAAAUACAUCUUUCCCCUUGUUUGUGGUUGCCCAGGGUUAUUUUGCAAAAUUGAGACUUAAUAUGCUUCAGAGAAUUUAUAUAAACACUGGCCAAGAUUACUGGGAGUAAAAAAUAGAUACAUUGAGGUAUGGAAAAGCAUUCACAUAGAGCACUUGAACUUCCUUAGAACCUGUUUGGAGACAAAAAUAUAAAGAGUGUACUAAACCUAACUAAGGUUAUUACAGUCUGGCUGUUCGAAGCACCAUUUUUCCCUCCUGUCUUUUUCCCACUUUGCAGUGUACUCAAGAAAAUUGAAAAAUUGUAUUGAAUCAAUUUAAAAUAUUUUAUUUCCUAGAAGCCUUUUUUGCCUGUUGUAAUAUGCAGGACCCUUCUCCUUUGGUGGGAGAGACAGGUAGUUACCUGAAUCUAGGUUGAAAAGGUUAUGUAAAAAGAAAUUAUAAUAAAAGGGAUACUCUGCUUUUCAAAUCCUUGUUUUCUCUUAAUCUAGGUAAGGCAUAUCCAAAAUAAAUAUGUAAAGAAGAAAAAUAAAAGUUGUCUUCAUGGAAGCAACUGGUCUUCCUUGGUUGUACUGAGUUGCAGUUAUCCUGGGGUGAAAUAAUUGAUGCUGCCAAAUAAGAAAAACAAGUGCCCUCAGAGCAGGUUUUAAGUGGCAGAUACUGUUGUUAGCUUUUGUUGAGAAUCAGGUAGUUAACUUUUGACUUAGUUCAGUUCUGAUUUCUAAUGCUGAGAUGCCAUAUGAUUCUGUGAUCAUUUGACAAAGUUGGAAAUCCUUUCCAUGUUUCAACCUUAGGAAAGGUGGAUUCUUAAUCUAGUAAAGAGAAGGUUAAGGAAGCUGUGGGGUUAAUUUUGCUCUGAUAAUGACAAAACCCUGAUAGCAUUUAAUAUCAGUGCUUCUUCACAAAACUCAAUGUCCAUACAAAUACAAAGUUAAAAAAAAAAAAAAGAAUCCUCCUACCUUCUUAAAAAGCCUACUGUGACAGCCACCCUGGCCUCAUUUUUUUCUCUCCUACGUCCUU